AUGCGGCUCCUGCCCGUGACCCCCGGCGGGCCCCCGGGGAGCCCCGCGCCGCCGCCGCUGCUGCUGCUGCUGCUGCUGCUGGGUGGCUGCCUGGGGGUGCCCAGGGGGGCGGCAGGCUCGCGGAGGCCCAACGUGGUGCUGCUGCUCACCGACGACCAGGACUCGGUGCUCGGCGGCAUGACACCACUGAAGAAAACCAAGGCUCUCAUUGCAGACAUGGGGAUGACUUUUUCCAGUGCUUAUGUGCCAAGCGCGCUCUGCUGCCCCAGCAGGGCCAGCGUCCUGACCGGCAAGUACCCCCACAACCACCAUGUGGUGAACAACACGCUGGAGGGCAACUGCAGCAGCCGCUCCUGGCAGAAGGUCCAGGAGCCCAGCACCUUCCCCGCCAUCCUCAAAGCCAUGUGUGGGUACCAGACCUUUUUUGCAGGAAAAUAUUUAAAUGAGUAUGGAGCCCCCGCUGCGGGUGGCCUGGAGCACGUCCCCCUGGGCUGGAGUUACUGGUUUGCCUUGGAAAAGAAUUCUAAAUACUAUAAUUACACUCUCUCCAUCAAUGGGAAGGCCCGGAAGCAUGGGGCCAACUACAGUGUGGACUACCUCACAGACGUGCUGGCUAACGUCUCCUUGGACUUCUUGGACUACAAGUCCAACUUCGAGCCCUUCUUCAUGAUGAUUGCCACUCCAGCGCCUCACUCACCCUGGACCGCCGCCCCGCAGUACCAGAAGGCUUUCCAGAACGUCUUCGCGCCAAGAAACAAGAACUUCAACAUCCAUGGAACGAAUAAGCACUGGUUAAUUAGGCAAGCCAAGACACCGAUGACCAAUUCUUCAAUACAGUUCUUAGAUGACGCAUUCAGGAAAAGGUGGCAGACUCUGCUCUCAGUCGACGACCUGGUGGAGAAGCUGGUCAGGAGGCUGGAGUCCACGGGGGAGCUCAACAACACGUACAUCAUCUACACCUCAGACAACGGCUACCACACAGGACAGUUUUCUUUGCCAAUAGACAAGAGGCAGCUAUAUGAGUUUGAUAUCAAAGUUCCGCUGCUGGUGCGAGGGCCUGGGAUCAGACCGAACCAGACAAGCAAGAUGCUCGUGUCCAACAUUGACUUGGGCCCCACCAUUCUGGACAUCGCUGGCUACAGCCUCAAUAAGACGCAGAUGGAUGGAAUGUCCUUACUGCCUCUCUUGAGAGGUGCCAGUAACGUGACCUGGAGGUCAGACGUCCUGGUGGAGUACCAAGGGGAAGGCCGCAACGUCACAGACCCGACGUGCCCUCUCCUGAGUCCUGGCGUCUCUCAAUGCUUCCCAGACUGUGUGUGUGAAGAUGCUUACAACAACACCUACGCUUGCGUGAGGACAGUGUCGGCAGCGUGGGACUUACAGUACUGCGAGUUUGAUGACCAGGAGGUGUUUGUAGAAGUCUAUAACCUGACUGCAGAUCCAGACCAAAUCACUAACAUUGCUAAGAGUAUAGACCCAGAGCUUUUAGGGAAGAUGAACUACCGGCUAAUGAUGCUACAGUCCUGCUCUGGGCCCACCUGCCGCACGCCAGGGGUGUUUGACCCGGGGUACAGGUUUGACCCUCGCCUCAUGUUCAGCAGUCACGGCAACAUCAGGACACGAAGGUUUCCGAAACACCUCCUGUAGCAAACAAGCCCAGCCUCACGGUAGGACCCUGCGUGGCUCCUGAUGACGUGACCCUAGUGGGCAUCUGUGGCUGGUCUUCAGGACCACGCCUGCAAGAAUUUCCAGACUGGCUUUUUUAAGUACUGUUAGAAAAAGUGCCCUGAUCAGCUGACCCUGUGCAGUGCAUUCAACUGUGAACUCUGCCCACGUGUCAGGAGUGGCUGUCCCGGUCUUGGCCUUGAGAUCGUCUGUUUUCACUGUAAUUCUCUGUCCUGAUGCCCCAGUUCUUGAUUAUUCCCCAUGUGGUCAGAGUCUGAAUUUGUAAAUCCAUUCAGAUAAAUGGCAAUACUUUAGGGCAAAACAAAACACACAUACAAAAAAAACACCCCACCUUUUGGUAAAUAGCUUGACCCGCAUAAUGUUUCAGUUUGAUCACAUUACUAUCAAAAAUACUAACAUCACAUGGCUUGAAGAGUAACCAUCAGAGCUCAAGUCAUCCACGUAAGCGCAGGCACCAUUGUUCUAAAUAAAUAGGGACCUGUCAUGGCAGCAACGAAACAUGUCAGCCAAGUUCGGUUCCCUUCUGGGAUUCGAGGUUGGUGCUGCACUUCCCAAGUGAGCAGUGGGAGACGCUGACGGUGACCACCAUCUGUGCUUCCGCUGCCACACUAGGAAACUGAGGAGGUGGCUCUGCUCGAGACUUUCCCUUCUCAGAGCUGAAAAGUAGGUGGCUUAGGAAGACCCGUAGGGGAGAACUGCCCAGGGCUGUGUGCAGGCUGUGUCUUCUGAGGGCCUUCAUGUUGAAGGUCUGUCCCUGGGUAGAGGAAGCUGGUACGUGCCCAGCAGGGAGCCUGGCCUCACCCCGUGCUGUCAUUCUGACUCCACAUGCAUCCCGGUGUCCUGGUCUUCAGGCCAUGAACCUUUUUUAUAGUCAAUGCCAAGUGUCAGCUGCUUUACCACCAUUCUGCCCUAGAGUUAAGCUCCUCCUGAGGUUACAGAGUUUAACUGGGGCCCUGUUGAGUAUUCACAUCAAAAUCAAGUCUGUUCAGGUUUCCUCAUCAUUUGUAACAUCUACGCUUUUAUGUUUCUUGGCUUACAAUCAAUUCCAUUUCUAAUUUUUUUUCAUAAGAAAGAUAAUUGGUGGUUAGACAGCAGGAGAGAAGGAAGACCUAUGGUUUAUAACUUGUCCAACUCAGGCACUAAGCAAUUUUAGCUUUAUUUAAGGUCUUCUGUUCAGCUUUAAACACUUUGUAAGACGUGGGCAUACAUAGCUUUUUUAUCAGAAUUCCAGAUAGCCAUGUGGGUUAAUAGCCAUUGGGUGUAUCCUUUACCUCCCAUGAGCCCAGCAACUGGUGGUGGUGUCUGGAAGUGAAAUACAGCAAGUGAAUAAAAGUCUCUGCUGUGAAUGUUGUAGAGAAAUUCUCAAAAUUUUGUAACUAAAAGCAAACUAUAUUGAAUAUGGGUAUCAGCUUCCUUCUCUACCCUGAUCCUAACAUUAUCAGUCAACUUCCAUGUUAAUGAGGUGACCCCCUAGUUUUUCCCAAAUAAAAAAAACAACUCCUACCAGGUCUUCAAGGGUGAUGUCACGUUCUUCAGUUGUGUGAUGCUGGUUCCUGACAGCAGGUAGAGGCCCAGCCAGCGGCCCCGACAUCCCUGCCACACUCCGUCAAGCUGGUGUGUCUGGGUGCGGGGAUGUGUGAGCACCUCCUUGUAACCCUUCUGUUUUGGGUACAUUUCCUACCUAACCUCUGAACAGCCCUAAUUUUACUUUUUCUCUUGAACUGGCUUCAUUCUGGAUCUGUGGUAAAAACUUCCAUAAAGAGACUCACCUUCCAGCCCCACCGGCCCCAUAGUGCACUGACAUCUUCAGAGCACUGUGGUGAGGGCCCACUUGCAGUCAUUUGGAUUCUUUUCCCUUUUAGGAAGGUCAGGCCUGUGUCUGUCGGUGCCCUUCAGAGUAGAGAACCACAUAACAUCAGCAAUGAGCAGAGGGCUGAGGAACAGACAGCCUUGCCUUCUGAUUCCCACUGCAGGAGCUCUUGUUCACAUAGAAAGUAGGAACACCAUUUGAGCAUCUUUGAAUUUGACACUGGUGCUGUUGCAAACACAUCUUAAUCGACAACACUAGCCUUCUAGUACAAAAUCCUAAUGACAGCCAUGGAAAUUAAACCUUCAUCUGUAAGAAAUGUUCUUACAUUCACUUAGUGUCUAAAUUAGUGUUUUAAUAAGUUGUGCCAGGAUCCUCACUAAGAGAAAGCAAAGGGUGUCAGCUGGUCCACAGAUAGAAUCAGGCGUGUUUGGGUUCUUUGGUUUAAUCCCCUUAGCUCCUCCUGGUUUGUAAAUCCCUGUCUGCUUUGUCUGUUCUGGAACCCUCCUGCCCUUGCUCUGUGUCAUCCCAGUCGUUUGACUUAGAAAGUGCCCUUCAAAAGAACCCUGUUCACUGCUGCACUUUUCAAUGAAUUAAAAUGUAUUUCUGUUCUGGUG